AUGACUUCACAACAUCCGCAUCUCCCUCUACCUGACUACUUCUCCAAGUUUGCCAGCAACUACACUUCUGCCAACCCUAUUGGCAAGGACUCGGUCGUGCAUGACACGGCGGCUGGGCCUGGUAUAGGUGCCGCGGCAAUCGUCGCCCGCCUCCCCAGUAGCGACUUGCCAAAAGAGAUGCUGGUCUCAGAUAAUGUCGCUAUGAUGGUGUCGGCCGCACGCGAGUCCCUCAUCGCCUCUCCACUACCCCACGUCGAUUGCAAGGAGCUCGACUCGCAGGACCUGUCGUCGUCGGUACCUGACAACUACUUUACCCAUUCGAUCAACAACUUUAGCAUAUUUACCUUUGUUCGCCCCAUUGGUGCCCUCCGCGAGGUGUACCGCACGCUCCGGCCUGGCGGCCUCGCUGUCGUUACCUGCUGGCGUCGCUUCGCGCCCAUGUUUAUCGUACAUGCCGCCCAGAAGAAGAUUCGCCCGGACCUGCCACUCAUGCCUACCCCAAGUCCAGAGUUCUACAAAGAAGGCGUGCUACAAAAUGUGGCUGAGGAGAGUGGUUUUGCUAAGGAAUACAUAACAAUGGUCGACAAGGUACUAGUUAUUACUGAGGACGAAAAUAUAGCUGGGCUCACCAUGCUCAUGUCGGGUCCUAUGAUGAGUAAGGCGCGGGAGGGGUACACAGAGGAAGAGGAACUUAGAUGGAUUGACUCCGUCAGACAGUCCGUGAAGGAAGAGAUAGAGCAAUUUGGGGGGGUUAGAUUCGAGGCCUAUGUUCUCCUAGCUACCAAGUAG